AUGACAAGAAAACGCGACACGGCCGCCGAGCCAUCAUCGGUCAAACGCAGGAAAUUAACAGACAACAUCCCAUCAGAGUCCCAAUCUCCUGCGCAAAACCGCUUGACCAAUGCCGAAAGAGCAGAUUUACUGCGGUUUCUGGACCAAGCUGACAAAGGACCCGGGCCCAUAUUCAAUGUUUCCACUCCACCUCACAAGAAAGGAUCCAAGAACCCUCCAGAUGUCACGGAACGUCCUCUGACCUUGGACGGAAGGACCUAUUUGAACGCUCGCUGGACGAUCAAACCGAUGGAAAGAUGGCUGAGCAUGACCAAGUACAAGAAAUUCACAGUAGGGAACCAGACUCAUUCGGUCGGCGAUUGCGUUCUCGUAAAGCCAGGAAACGAUUUCGAUCGAGAUUGGAAGGCCCAGGUCCACGAGGUUCGAGCUGUGGAUGAACAUCACGUCUUCCUCCGCUGCACUUGGCUUGAGAAUCCGGAAGAACUGCCUGAAAAGGUGCAAAGCACGCCAGCAUAUCACGGCAAAUUCGAGCUGGUGCCCGGCAACAAGAUGGACAUUAUUGACGCCUUGACGGUGAAUGGGCCAUUAAAAGUCACUUACUGGGAGGAAGCCAACGACGACGCGGAAAUGCCAGCCCAAGGAGAGUACUACUGGCGACAGACAUACAACUAUGACACCGAGGUCUUAUCGCACCCCGAUCAUCUCAUCAUUAAGUGCAGUAAUCAAGCCUGUGGAGUAUGGCUCCAUGCAUCUUGCUUGGCCCAGGACAUCAUUCAACGCAAGAACCAAGAUGUAAUCACAGUGGGAUCCAUUGGCAAGAAGCGAAGCCGUAAAUCUAUCAACAAGGACAACAACAUCACGAGCCCCGAGGACGCUGUAGCGGAAGACGACAACGCGAUGGUAAAGGUUGUGGUACCAGAUUCUAAAGCGCCCAAAGUCAAGAUCACUGAUAAGAAAACCGAGGAGGAGACCGAAGAAUCGGUACAUUGCUUGGUUUGCAAGGAGCUCAUUGACUCGAUGAGAAGCCUUGUACCGUGGUCAGGAACCAUAGUAACAGCCCCAGCCAGCACCAGCGUAGCAUCGCUACCUGUUUGUACAUUCGACAACCGGGUCGACGUCGAAGUGGGUUUCCUCGACAUCUCCUAUGAACCACAGGCUAGUCAAAACAAUGAAAGACUGCACGACUAG